AUGAUGGAAGUAGCCGCAACCGCUGCAACUGCUCUCCAUGGCAUGUUCAAGUCAACACACCCCGUCAAAGCAAAAUGGGAACGUAUCAACAGUACCCCGCUGCCCCGCUCAUCCCAUACUCUGUCAGUCAUCGCCGGCCGUGCAUACGUCUUCGGCGGUGAGGUCAGUCCCCGGGAGCCAGUCGACAAUGAUAUGCACAUCAUCACGCUCCCCUACGAUGCCCUGUCGUCUGCCGACUACAGAUCCGUACCCGCUAAGGCCGAAAUGGCCGGCGGCGAAGUGCCACAGAAGAGAGUGGGACAUACGGCUGCGGUUAUUGGGGAGCGGAUUUUCGUUUGGGGUGGUAGAGGAGGCAAGGAGAUGAAGCCUUUGGAGGAGAAGGGCAGGGUCUGGGUGUAUGAUACGAGGACGGAUGCCUGGUCUUUCCUGGACCCCGUGCCCGGCACGCCAUUCCCCGAGGCGAGGUCAUACCACUCGAGUGUUGCGAUCGAGAAGCCAGAAGCAGGAAACACAAAGAGUGUCGAGAUUGACAACGCAACGGAGCUCCCGAAGGCUGGUACUAUCGCGGAGGCGGCACAAACGGACGCGGAGAAGGGAGGAUAUGGCACCUUCUUUGUGCAUGCUGGAUGCCCGAAUAGUGGUAGAACCAAUGAUCUCUGGGGAUUCGAUGUGAGGAGCAAGACGUGGAAGGAGUUCCCUGCUGCGCCUGGAAAGCCGAGAGGUGGUACGUCCAUCGCAAUUUCGAAGCAGCGAAUCUACAGAUACGGAGGAUUCAACGGUACCGGCGAGGAGGGGGGCCAAGUUGAUAUCCUCGAGCUGAGUCUGGAUACUUUCAGCGGUACUGGCCCGUCUACGGAAGCUGCGGUCGUUCCAAAGGGCACUUGGCAGACUUUGGAUUUCACCGAAGAGGGCAUGAAGUGCCCGGGUAACAGAAGUGUAGCUGGGUUUCAAUCUAUCACCACUGGGAUGGGUAGAGAGUACUUGGUGUUGCUACUCGGGGAGAGGGACCCUAGCAGUCAGGGACACGAGGGCGCCGGGAAGUUCUGGGGUGACGUGUGGGUCUUCCAAUGUCCGCCUCUGGGCAUGACAGGAGCUUCUUUCAAGGAUGCAACAUGGCAGUCUCUUGGAAAGGAGACUGGAGAAGGUCAAUGGAGUCAGAUGCAGAUUGCCGAUGCUGAGGGGGUUGAAGGAGAGGACAUCCAUAGAUUGGUACCAUCUGAGAGAGGCUGGUUUGCCAGCUCGACGAUGGGUGAUCUGGACGCUAGUAGCGUUGUCCUUUGGGGGGGCUUGAAUGGAAAGAAUGAGAGAGAAGACAACGGGUGGAUAUUGAGGGUUGAAGCAUGA